AUAAAAGCACCAUUUUUCUUCUUUCUCAUUUAGAGAGACAAAUUAAUAAAUCAUUUUGUAUUUACAUUUUGUGACCAAGCACUUGUGAGAAUUAAAGUUUAAAUAAUGAAGCGUGUGUUUACAAUACCUGAGCGUGUUCAUGGAGGAGAUAGAGUUAUCCUAGCAUGGCAGUCACAGCAGGGAAAUUUUAUAGCUGUUACUGGAAUAACAAAGCUGGUCACUAUAUUUGAUAGACAUGGUGAACUAAGAGAUGAAAUAAUUUUACCAGGAAUUUGCACUGGAUUAUCUUGGGACAAGGAUGGUGACACACUGGCAAUUGGAAAUGAGAAAACAGGAGUAAUAUUUUUAUGGGAUGCCAAUACGAUGAAGACUACACAGCUAGAAAGCGGACUAAGAGACUCCAUAUCUUUCUUGCUGUGGUCCAAGGUGUCACAUUUGCUUGCAGUUGGUACAGCAAAAGGAAAUUUAUUGCUUUACAAUCAUCAAACAUCAAGAAAAGUCCCCAUAAUUGGUAAGCAUACAAAGAGAAUCACAUGUGGAUGUUGGAAUGCAGAGAAUCUACUUGCACUGGGGAGUGAAGACAAAAUAUUGACAAUCAGUAACAGUGAUGGUGACACUGUCAAGCAGAUACCUGCACACAGAAAGAUGAGACCACUUAGCAUAACAGCUGCACGUCUUGAGCCAGAUGAUGUUCAAUUUUCUGUCAUGAAAACUGAUGAAAGAAGUGCCAGUGAAACAACAGUCAGUUUGACUGUUGGUCAAAAGACACUUUUCUUGUACAACCUUAACGAACCAGACAAUCCGAUAGAAUUGGCAUUCCAGCCUCGUUAUGGAAGUAUUGUUACGUACAAGUGGUUUGGUGAUGGUUACAUCAUGAUUGGAUUUUCAACUGGAUAUCUUGUUGUCAUUUCAACACAUCUUAAAGAAAUUGGACAGGAACUGUUCCAAACCCGAGAUCAUAAAGAUGAAUUGACGGACAUAGAUAUUUCACUCUCAUUAAAGAUGGCAGCAUCUUGUGGUGAUAAUGUCAUUAAGAUACACGACUUGAACGAUUUAAAAGAAAUUUAUGCCAUCAUAAACGUUGAAGAUGCAGGAGGCAGUCUUGAUAAAAUCCAGUGGACGGAAGAUGGACAGUUACUAGCACUGAGUACUGCUAAAGGAGCUGUUCAUGUAUAUUUAACAAAAUUACCUAUCCUUGGAGAUGCAAGCAUAACAAAGCUGGCGUACUUGACAUCUCUUCGAGAGGUUACUAUUGUUGAUGAAGUAAAUCAGGAAAUGCCAUUUAGGAUUGCUACAACAGUUGAACCAAACUUCCUAGCUGUUGGACCAUUUCAUCUGGCAUCAGGAAUGAAUAAUCGUGUUUGGUUUUGUUCAUUUACAGACACCGGUUAUUCACCCUUCAGAGAUCGAGAAUAUCUUGGAACUGUCAACCAGAUUUGUUUGAAUGCAGAUUACGCAGCUGUUGGCUUUGAAGGAAAAGUGCAACUUCAUUUGAUUGAAGCUGAUUCAGGAGACAAAAACGAAGAAGAACGCGAGGGAAGGCUUUUUCCAGACGAUGGAGACAAGAGUAGAAUCACGUGCUUCGCCUUGACCAAUGAUUUUCUUAUAUAUGGAAACGAGGGUGGUCAAAUCAAAUAUUUCUUCUUGGAAGAUUGGUUGUAUGUGAAUGAAUAUCGCCAUGUUGUUGCCCCUCGGAAACUUUAUCCUGAUACAACUGGAACAAGAUUGGUUUUCAUCGAUGAGAAGAGUGAUGGUUUUAUAUACAGUCCAGUUAAUGAUUCAUGUUUGGAGAUCUUACGUUUUCCACCUGCGGUGAAGGGUGUCCUUUGGGAUGAACUUUUGUUAGACAAGGGCGUGUUUUGUGCAUACGACGAAGAAAAGGUUUUCAUCUAUUCGUAUUCAAAAGAAACCGUCGGAGGCACAACUUGUGAGAUGGCACUCUCAAGUAAACUAACAUUCGGGUACACACCAUUAAUGUUGUACGAUGGAGAUCUCUCAUGUCAAACGCGAAGUGGGAAGUUGAUGCAUUUGGCUUUGUUAACUGAACUCCCUACAGAGAUUGCUGAGCCUAAUUCUCCACAAAUGAAGGCUACUUUUAAACAUAUUCUUGUGCUAAAACGGUACAAGGAUGCAUGGGAAUAUUGCCAGCAAUCAAACGACAUUGAAAACUGGCAAAAGUUUGCUGAGGUGGCUGGGAGACAGUUAGAGAUUGACUUAGCAAUUCGAAUAUAUAGAAAAAUUGGGAACGUUGCCAUGGUUUUAUCACUGCAAAAAAUAAAGAAUUUAGAAGAUAAGAAUCUCUUAGCUGGUUACAUGGCAAUGUUUCAUAAAGACUUCAAUCUUGCGCAAGAUUUGUUUUUGCUCUCGGGAACACCACAAGCUGCUUUAGAGAUGCGGCGCGAUUUACUUCAUUGGGAUCAAGCAUUGGAACUUGCGAAGACGUUAGCUCCCUCUGAAAUACCAUAUAUAUCAAAAGAAUACGCCCAGCAGUUGGAGUUUAUUGGUGACUACCCAAAUGCUUUGCUAAAUUUUGAACGAGGAAUAACAAACAAAGAUGAGUAUAAAGAUCAUGAUGAGAUUUGUUCUGGUGGUAUAGCUAGAAUGGCAAUAAGAAUGGGUGAUAUUCGAAGAGGUGUAAGCAUUGCCAUGAAGUCGAACAACAAAUCAUUGAAAAGAGAGUGUGCCUCCUUGCUGGAAAAUAUGAAACAAUUUGCUGAAUCAGCAUCAUUGUAUGAGAAAGCUCAAUGUUGGGAUAAGGCAGCGUUUGUUUACAUUAAGUUAAAACAAUGGAACAAAGUUGGGGAACUUAUUAAACACAUAACUUCUCCAAAGUUACUCAUUCAAUAUGCCAAAGCAAAAGAACUGGAUGGCAAAUACAAAGACGCAGCUGCAGCCUAUAAACGUGGCAAAGAUUACGAAAAUGUUAUCAGAAUCAACUUGGAUCACCUGCAAGAUCCUGAAGAAGCGGUUUUGAUUGUAAAAGAAACGCAGAGUGUGGAGGGAGCCAAAAUGGUAGCAAAAUUUUUCCAGAAUCUUGGUGAUUUCGCCUCUGCUAUCCAAUUUUUGGUGAUGUCUCGAUGCAGUGACGAAGCCUUCAGUUUAGCUCAGCAACAUGAUCAAAUGGAAAGAUACGCUGAAAUCAUUGGUGAAAACGCUACUCCUGAUGACAACAAUAGCAUAGCUGUUUAUUUUGAAAAUCAACGUCAAUUUAUGCUUGCCGGGAAAUUUUUUAUGCUAUCUGGACAGUAUCCUAAGGCGCUUGCACUCCUCCUAAGGUGCCCUGUCACUGAAAGUGGAGAGUCGAUUGAUCUUGCUAUCGAAACGAUAAAAAAAGCUAACAAUGAAAAAAUGACGCUUAAUCUGAUUGACUUCUUGAUGGGCGAAUUGGACGGCAUGCCAAAGGAUUCAAAAUAUUUAUUUCGAGUUUAUAUGGCUCUUAAGAGAUAUCGCGAGGCUGCGAAAACAGCAGUUAUAAUUGCUCAAAGUGAACAAGAGAUGGGAAAUUAUAGAAAUGCUCAUGAUGUCUUGUUCAGUAUGUAUAAAGAACUUCGGGAGCGUAAAAUCAAAAUACCAAGUGAGAUGAGUCAAAACUUGAUGUUACUCCACAGUUACAUUCUCUGCAAGAUUCACGUUAAAAAGGGUGACCAUUUAAAAGGUGCCCGAAUGUUAAUACGAGUUGCAAAUAAUAUCAGCAAGUUUCCAUCACACAUCGUGCCAAUUUUAACAUCAACUGUCAUUGAAUGCCACCGAGCAGGUCUGAAACACUCUUCGUUUAGUUUCGCUGCCAUGUUGAUGCGACCAGAAUAUCGCCCGCAGAUAGAUUUGAAAUAUAAGAAAAAGAUUGAAAUGAUAGUCAGGAAACCUGACAAAACAGAAGAAGAUGAACCAAUGGAACCCUGUCCACGCUGUUCAAACCUAGUCCCACAAACGCGUCUCGAUUGUCCUGAAUGCAAGGAGAACUUACCUUAUUGUAUAGUCACGGGUCGUCAUAUGGUUAAAGAAGAUUGGUGUAAUUGUCCCAACUGCUCGUUUCCAGCUCUUUGUACUGAAUUUAAAAGCUUGUUAGAAGGAGACGAAACAAAAUGUCCGAUGUGUGCCGAGAAAGUAACUAUAAACAGUUUAAAACCAGUACCAGACCCUUCGAUAUAUAUGCGGGAGAAUCUGGAUACGCCUGAUGACGAGAUAUGAAUAAGACAGGCGUAAUUAGUGAUAUUGUAAAAACGAAACGAAAGAUAAUAUGUAUUGCUAGAUCGCUAUAUACUCCAAGGAGUAACAAUUUUAAACUUAGCAAGAGAUAAUUUGUUAGAUUUUUAUUGUACAUAUUCUUGUAAUUUAUUUCACUUUACCUUUCAGGUUUUAUAUUCCUCAUUAAACAACUAAUAUGUAAUAUAAUAUGUAAAGUUUCCUGCCCUUAAAAUGGUUCUUGCCCUUCUUGGUUGUAGAAUGUAAGACCAUUAUGGUAUUGCAGGUGUCAGCGAAAAAAGAACAACGAUUAGAUGAA